AUGGUAAGGCUGGAAGUCAUCAAAUUCGUUGAUGAACCAACAGAGUGGUGUGCGCCACUUGUCAUUGUUCCAAAAGCUGAUGGAGACAUUCGCCUUUGUGUUGAUCUACAUAGACUAAAUGAGUGCGUUGAACGUGAAGUGCAUCCCAUGCCCAGUGCGGAUCACACUCUUGCGCAGUUAUCUGGAGCGAAAUUUUUCACGAAAUUAGACACGAAAAAUGGGUUUUGGCAGGUGAAACUUUCACCUCAAUCGCAGCUAAUGACAACUUUUUUGACACCAUUUGGGCGUUAUUGCUUCCUUCGGCUACCUUUUGGAAUUUCAAGCGCUCCUGAAAUUUUUCAGAAGCAAAUUCAGCGUAUAAUUGAAGGCAUUCCAGGGGUAUUGUGCCAAACAGAUGACAUACUUGUCUAUGGGUCUACUAUAGAAAGUCAUGACGAUAACGUUCGUAAGGUUUUAAGAAGGUUGGAGUCUAAAGGGGUGACUCUUAAUGGUGCAAAGUGUCAAGUUGGCAUUACGUCCGUGACAUUUCUCGGACACAGAAUAGAUGACACAGGUAUUCAUCCAGGAAAAUCCAAGGUGGAAGCGAUCGACGGAUUCUCAACUCCAAGCAACGUAACUGAAUUGAAAAGAUUCCUAGGUCUAGUCAACUAUUUAGGCAAAUUCGUUCCCGAUUUGGCAACAAUAUGCCAUCCACUGAAUGAGCUUCUGAGAAACAACGUCAGCUUUACCUGGGGUGUGAGUCAAAAUAAUGCAUUUUUAAAUCUAAAGAAAAUUUUAAUUACAGAACCCGUGCUGAAAAUGUUUGACCCAAGCCAUAAAACUAUUAUCUCGGCUGAUGCUUCCUCAUUUGGGCUUGGAGCUGUCUUGCGACAGGAAGAUAGUGACGGAUUUCUUAAGCCAGUCGCUUAUGCAUCGAGAACCUUGACUGAGACAGAAAAAGGUUACGCUCAAAUAGAGAAGGAGGCGUUGGCGAUAACGUGGGCGACAUGCGAAAAAUUUCGGGAUUAUGUCACAGGUAUGUCAUUCUUUAUUGAGACGGACCAUAAGCCAUUGGUUCCGAUUUUCACCUCCAAGAAUCUAGAUGAGUUGACACCCAGGUUGCAAAGAUUCAGAAUGCGUAUGUUGCAGUUCUUAUUCAAAAUUUUUUACACCCCAGGGAAAGAUUUAAUUGCAGCUGACGCCUUAUCCAGAAGCCCAGUAGUGUCAUCAAACCAAAGCCAAGAAAGCGAAGAAGAUCUAAGCACUUUCGUGAAAGCUAUUAUCUCCGUCAUACCAGCAACAAAAACAAAAAUUGAUGAAAUAAAAACAGCCCAACAAAAUGAUGCGAUUUUAAACGAAGUUAAAAACUAUGUUCAAAAUGGAUGGCCCAUAAAACAAAAAACUUCUCCAGAAGCAAGGCAAUUUUUUAAUGACCGUUAUAGUCUGGCGAUUAAUGAUGGAAUGCUGAUGUAUGCCAACCGUUUAGUCAUUCCACAUAAAAUGCGCAACGAGAUGUUAACCAGAAUCCAUGAAGGCCACCUAGGUAUCAACAAAUGCAGAGCGCGGGCAAGGCAAUCGGUCUGGUGGCCGGGAUGUGCAGCACAGGUGGAACAUGUCGUCAAAGGGUGCGAAGUAUGCAUUCAACAUACUACCCCGAGGCAUGAACCACUUAUUCCAACGGAAACACCAAAGAAUCCAUGGCAGAUGGUCGGAGCUGACAUUUUCUUUUGCCAAUCAAAAACUUUUUUGGUAGUCAGCGAUUAUUUUUCGCGUUUUCCAGAAAUAGCUUUAUUGGAAAAUCAAUCUGCAAAAUGCAUUAUUUCUAAACUUAAAUCUAUUUUUUCCAGACAUGGAAUCCCAGAGAUAGUACGAACCGAUAAUGGGCCGCAGUUCAAACAGCUUGAGAUGUCCGAAUUUAGAAAUUUUGCCAGAGAAUGGGGAUUCACGCACAUCACCUCGAGCCCAAGAUUUCCACAAAGCAAUGGCUUUAUUGAAUCAGCCGUGAAAACAGUUAAACUCCUUAUGAAAAAAAACGAAGAUCCUUACCUUGCUCUUUUAGAGUAUAGAGCAACGCCAACUGCAAAUGGAUAUAGCCCUGCUGAAUUGCUGAUGAACCGAAGAUUGAGAACGACUUUACCACUUGCAUCUGAGCAAUUGCGUCCCAAGUUGAUUAAUUAUGAUGAACUUCAGCUCAAAGAACAAGCCUUAAAACGUAACCAAGCAAAGAAUUUUGACCAGAGACGAGGCGUCCACAAGCGUCAGGAAUUUUUACCUGAUGAUAUCGUUUGGGUUCGAGAUCUGCACGUUUGGGGCAGAAUUGUAAACAAAGCUAAUCUACCACGCUCAUACUACGUCGAGACCGAAAGAGAUCUUCCUAAAACACAAAAUGACGUACAUAUUCCGGAGCCUACUGCCGAUUUACAAUCAACUCCUGUGUCUACUACUAGUGAAGAACCUAAAGGGGGAGAAGAAUCCACAAGAAACUCUGACGUGGAAACACAUCCCAACUAUCUAACAACAACCCGAUAUGCUCCUUCUUCAGCAAGAUAUUGUCACCCCAUCAAGCUUCUAUUUGCUAAGGAAACAACAGACUUGAUCAAAAGAGAAGUUGAUCAAGUUGUUGAGCAAAUCAACGCAUUGCCAGCUGUAGAAAUUCAUGAAGGAGAAAUCGAUGUUGCCGUGAAGUCAAUAUUCUUGCUUUCUAUGGUCGAUGGUAAGGUUUGUACUGCCUUAUCACCCGUUACGUCUUCUUCCCAAAGUUAUUAUAUUUGCGGUGCAAAGCCAUCGGAAAUGAAUAACAGGAGAAGUAUUUCAACCAAGAUUGAGAAUCCGUUGGCCAUGUCCUUUGGUUUGUCUCCACUUCAUUCUUGGAUUAGGUUUAUGGAAUGUAUCCUUCACAUUGCCUAUAGACUUGAAGUAAAGGUUUGGCAAGUAAAGGAUCAACAACAUAAGGAAAAUUUUAAGGCCAGGAAAAAAAAACAUUCAAGAUCAAUAUAA